UACGUGUCCACGCUAUUAUAGAGAAGCUGCUAAAUUCAGAGGGCCGGGAGCUGAGGCGCGCUCUCUUCUCCCUCAAGCAAAUCUUCCAGGAUGAUAAGGACUUGGUCCAUGCCUUCGUCCAGAAUGAUGGCCUCACGUGCCUUAUCAAAGUGGGUUCCUCUGCUGACCAGAAUUAUCAGAACUACAUCCUUAGAGCUCUUGGGCAGGUGAUGUUGUACGUUGAUGGUAUGAACGGUGUGAUGGAACACCAGGAGACAAUACAGUGGCUAUACUCACUCAUAUCUUCCAAGUAUCGUCUUGUGGUUAAGACGGCCCUCAAGCUGUUGCUUGUCUUCGUCGAGUACACGGAGUCCAAUGCUCUCAUACUUGUUAAUGCUAUUGAAACAAUAGAUUCUUCAAGAGGUGACCUGCCGUGGACCACGAUUGUGCGACUUUUAGAAGGUCGAGAUAGUUUAGAUAUGGAGUUGCUCACGUUUGCCAUGACACUAGUCAACAAGACACUAAAUGGAAUCCCAGACCAAGAUACCUAUUACGACCAAACAGACUAUCUUGAGGAGCAAGGCAUUGAAACGUUGAUCGCAAAGUACAUGCACCGACCAGAUAGUGACUUAGAUCUGCUGCAACAGUUUACGAUCUACGAGGCAGUUCUUGCAUACGAGGACGGCGAUGACAUCUGUCGCACAUGCACUAUUGAUCCAACCAUCAGACAAGCACCUCGAAUAUGCUCUGCUGACCGAGAUUCCAUUAAUCGCCGCAAGUCACGCCGUCACCAGGACUCUCCAUCUCCUUCUAAGAUAAAAAAGGUUAAAAAUCUGGGAGUUAAUCUUGAGUCUGGUGGUGGCAGACAGUCCAGCAGUGAUGAAGACCAUGUGACUGUCAUCAACAUUAAUGGCGAUUCAUUUGGUAUUCCUCAGGAUGAUUUAUCUGGCAUCAAACAUGCCGAUGCUGGUGUGACUCCUGCACUUCGCAGACGACGUGAACGUGCAGAACGUCACAGAACAUUCAUAAAUGAACAAGAAAUUAUUAACGAGACGCGACGAGGCUCUCAGUCAUCAGACAGCAAUGUGGAGGAUGAAAAUAGAAAAAAUUGUGAAAUCUCUGGUUUAAAGAAGCAAGCGUCAUGGAUGAUGAACAUGAUGUAUGGUAAACGAGACGAUGAAGAAGGCACGGGCCGCAGAGAAUCCUUAAGCAACAUACAAAAUAUUGCAUCAAGAAUAUCCAGUCUUCAAGAUAAAGAAAAUGUUGAUAACAACAUGCGUCUACCAAUUGAGAUUAAUUCGGGAGCUUCAGUUAAGGAGCUGCAAGAGAAGAUGAUCAAUUCCAGUAGUGGUCAAGUCAGCGAAGGUGACAAACAGGGACGUAAAGGUGACAUUAAUGAGAGGAUCACUAAAAUAAAGGAAGUCUUAUCACCUAAGAAAUCUGAGAACGACAUUCAGUGGGAACUCUUAAUAAAGCACUUAAACCGCCCCUCUCUGUGUGACUUGGACUUCACAGAUCUGACAAGCGACGAUGACAGACUCAUAACAGAAACACAGACACCAGGUGUUCCUCCACCACCACCUCCACCACCUGUAGGGGUUCCAUUACCACCUGGAGCUCCACCGCCCCCACCACCACCAUCAGGUGUUCCACCAGCCCCGGGAAUGCCACCAGCUCCUCCUGCACCACCGGCACCUCCAUCUUCUGUUGAGGAUUCUCAGUCACAAGAAUCAUCUCAGUUGAAAAUUAAAAAAACAAAGAAAACAAUCAAGCUGUUUUGGAAGGAGGUUCGAGAAGACCCACGAAUACACAACACGACCGUAUGGGAUAAGAUCGAACACAUUCCCAUCGAUACUCAGAAACUCGAGCAUUUGUUUGAAUCCAGAGCAAAGGAUCUCAUAGCAAAGAAGCAACAAGAACAAAAGGGAGUGAAGGAAUUAAUAGUAUUGGAUCCUAAGCGUUCUAACGUCAUCAACAUUGGCAUGACCAAGUUGCCGCCACCGCGGACCAUCAAGACUGCAAUUCUCAAAAUGGAUUCUUCAAUCAUCAACAGAGAAGGAAUAGAGAAAUUAUUGACUACGAUGUUGCCAACACCAGAAGAGAAGCACAAGAUUCAAGAAGCUGCCAUUUGCAACCCUGAACUUCCUCUGGGGUCGGCAGAACAGUUUCUGAUGAUGCUGUCGUCCAUAUCUGAACUUCCCGCCAGAUUAAAACUCUGGAUCUUUAAGCUAGACUAUGAGAACAUGGAAAAGGAGGUGGCAGAACCCUUGAUGGACUUGAAGCAAGGCACAGAAGACCUUCAAAAGAAUCGCACUUUCAAGAUAAUCUUAUCUGUUCUUCUCUCCAUUGGUAACUUCCUUAAUGGCACAGAAUGUCGAGGCUUCCAAAUUGAGUACUUGUCCAAAGUGCCGGAGGUGAAGGAUACCGUUCAUAAACAUUCACUUCUUCACCAUCUGUGUCACAUGGUUAUUGAAAAAUAUUCAGAUACAUCAGAUCUUUAUUCGGAGAUUGGCUCAAUCACCCGUGCCUCGAAAGUGGACUUCGAGGAGCUGUCUAAUAACAUUGCCAAGAUGGAGGUCGACUGUAAGGAAUCAUGGGAUCAUCUAAAAGCCAUUGCAAAACACGAUGGUCCUACACAGAUUAAGCUCAAAAUGUCGGAAUUUUUAGCAGACUGUGCAGAGCGUAUAAUUGUUCUGGGAAUUAUUUAUCAGCGAGUGAUGACCAGAUUUCAGCGGUUUUUAGUGUGGUUGGGUUCACCGCUACACUUAGCCCAGGACAUUAAGGUUCAACAAGUGUGCUCAACAAUAAGUGAGUUUGCCCUGGAGUACAGGACCUGCCGAGAGCGAGUACUACAACAGAUUCAGAAGAAGGCAAACCACCGCGAGAGAAAUAAGACUCGCGGGAAGAUGAUCAUGGAGAUGGAAAAAUUUAAAAGACAAACAAAAGAGGAGAAAGCUGACUGUGAUCUGAGGCAACUUCUUAACUACUCUGAUGUGUCAGAUACAGAGACUAUACGAGGCAAGAACACUUGGAGGAGGACCAGAGAAAGCAAAGCACGAAGUCGUGGUGAGGAGAGUAUGGCAGAGAUGAUGGCCGACGGUGAUGACGCUCUGUUAGAUUCACUGGUCAAGACAGCUACUCAGGGGCCAUCCUCUCGUUCUACUCCCAGAGAUAGAAAAAGAUCACGACAUGCAGAUCGCAAGUCUUUCCCAGCAGCUAAUGGACCACGGAGAUCAAGGUCAAGAAAAGGUGUACCUGACUUGUCGCACCUGGAGGCAGUAACACUGCUACAGUGAGGCGCCGGCUACCCGUCACGUGCUUCAGACAUCCUGCCGUGAAAACCCUCUGUAAUUCUCUCUUCUCAGCUUGUGAUGAUUCUCAGUGCAUGGCAAACAGCCAGAGGCAACUGCACUGCUCUUAUAAUUAUUAUUAAUAAAAUCUUUAUUAAAUUAUUCUAUAAAGUGCUUAUAAACUGCAAUCUUGUCUGCUGUAGUAAAAAAAAAUUGUAGAAAAAUAUUUUUAAAUAUUUGCAGCUUACAUAUCUGUAAUUAUGUUGAUGUUGGCGAGCAUGAGAUGUUUUAUUAAUAUACUGAUGUUGAUGUUGGCGAGCAUGAGAUGUUUUAUUAAUAUACUUAUUUAUUGCAUCCGAGUUUUAAUACAGGACUCGCCAACUCAGCGAGUGAUAAACAUCCACACUUACAAACGUGGCACUUAGGAAUCGGUAAAAUUUUUACAACUGCCACUGCGCAGUUACAAGUUAAUAAGACAAUAUGCGGUUUAUGGUUUUUUAUUGAGAAUGUUCAUGUAGCAGGGAUUUUAUCACUACAAUGAUGAAGCUCCUGGUGGACCAAUCAUCUUUACAAUAAAAGGCCAUCAACCACCUAUUGCUGAAGAAUCAGACUUUUGCAACAGUUAGGAAUCUCUGUUGUGGGAUGUUUCCUCAAUAUUCGCAAAUGUUAUACAUGUACCUUAAUUCUUCAACUUGUUGGUUUUCUAAACCAUUUAUAUCAUACUACAUAUU